GUCCCGCCGGGGGCCGGCGGCGGCGGGGGAGGCGGCGGGGACGCGCGGCUCGCCGCCAUGGACGACAAGGCGUUCACCAAGGAGCUGGACCAGUGGGUGGAGCAGCUGAACGAGUGUAAGCAGCUGAACGAGAACCAAGUGCGGACGCUGUGCGAGAAGGCUAAGGAAAUUUUAACAAAAGAAUCAAAUGUACAAGAGGUUCGCUGUCCUGUUACUGUUUGUGGAGAUGUGCAUGGCCAAUUCCAUGACCUCAUGGAACUCUUCAGAAUUGGUGGAAAAUCACCAGAUACGAACUAUCUAUUCAUGGGUGACUACGUAGACAGAGGUUAUUAUUCUGUGGAGACUGUGACUCUUCUUGUAGCAUUAAAGGUGCGCUAUCCAGAGCGUAUUACAAUAUUGCGAGGAAAUCAUGAAAGCCGACAGAUCACCCAAGUCUAUGGCUUUUAUGAUGAAUGUCUACGAAAGUAUGGAAAUGCCAAUGUGUGGAAAUACUUUACAGAUCUCUUUGACUAUCUCCCACUUACAGCUUUAGUAGAUGGACAGAUAUUCUGCCUCCAUGGUGGCCUCUCUCCAUCCAUAGAUACACUGGAUCAUAUAAGAGCCCUGGAUCGUUUACAAGAAGUUCCACACGAGGGCCCAAUGUGUGAUCUCUUAUGGUCAGAUCCAGAUGACCGUGGCGGAUGGGGCAUUUCACCACGUGGUGCUGGCUACACCUUUGGACAAGAUAUUUCUGAAACAUUUAACCAUGCCAACGGUCUCACACUGGUGUCUCGUGCUCACCAGCUUGUGAUGGAAGGAUAUAAUUGGUGCCAUGAUCGGAAUGUGGUUACCAUUUUUAGUGCACCCAAUUACUGCUACCGCUGUGGAAACCAGGCUGCUAUCAUGGAAUUAGAUGACACUUUAAAAUAUUCUUUUCUUCAGUUUGACCCAGCACCUCGCCGUGGAGAGCCUCAUGUGACCCGGCGUACCCCAGACUACUUCCUGUAAAUUCCUCCCCAGGACCUUUCUUUGUAUGUGGAAGUAUACCUGGAUUUUUAAAAUAUAUAUAUAUUUUUUAAAUAUAUAUAUAUUUAAAAACAAGUUAUCUAUGUGUUUCUGUAACAAAUUGUGGUAUGUCUUGACAUUAAACUACAUCAUGGACCAAACGUGCCAUACUAAUGAUGAGUGUUUAGCACAAUUUGAGACUGAACUUAACUACACUGUGUUCUAGAUCAGUCUGCCUGCUGUGUUGUAGGAACCAUUCUUCUUGGCUGGUUAAACAAAAAGGGGUCACUGACUGCUUCAUCUCCUUUGCACCUGGAAAUUUAGUUACAGUCUUUAACUGGCAUGGAUUAAUAGAGUCGGAGUUUUAUUUUUAAGAUUUCACCACCUGACUUCCACUUAAUUCAUUACCCUUUAUUUUAUUGAAAUGUGUAACUAACUGAAGAAGAGAUUCUUGGGAGUAUGUUGUCAUAACAUUAAAGAGAUUUCCUUUCAUUUAAACUAAAUUACUGUUUGAUGUUGAUCUGCAUUAUUUCUGUAUAUUUGUCAUGACAGUGCUUGCAUCCUAUUUGGUGUACUGAACAAAUAAACUUUCCAAUUUAAACAAAAA